AUGUUGUCAAUUUUGGAUCUUGACAACUAUUCUCUUUACUACAUUUUUCAGUUUCUUUCAAUUUAUGAUUUAUUGAAGGCUGAAAAAGUUUGUGGGAGUUUUAAGGAAGUUUGUGAAAGUAUUUACAGCACAAAGUUUCGUAAAGUAAGAAUCGAACUUCGAAGCUUGAGAACGAAUCACUUCAGGGACAUAUUAGAUCGUGUAGGACGAUCAAUGAUAGCUUUUGAGUUCUCUGGAGGUUACAUAAUGGACGAGAAUGUGAAGAAUACGAUGAUUUACGGAAUUAUUAAUGAUUGUCCUCGACUUAAAGCGCUCUCAAUCAACUACGUGCAGUUCACUUCAUUGUCGUUUAAUCAUCUGCAAAGUUGCUUCAGUAAUUUAACAUCACUCGAUCUAUCACGAUGUGCAUUAAGUGAAGCAACACUUGGAAUCGUUUUAGAUGGAGAGAAAUUUAAGAACAUUAAAACCUUGAAACUUGCUGGGAAUUCUGAAAUGAAUGGAUCAUUCUUCAAAGACAUGAAACAUGUUGAAAUUCUUGACAUCAGUUAUUGCUAUAAUCUCAGUUUCAUUCAAUUCUUGAAGUUUCUUGAGAACUGCAUUAAACUUCUUGAACUCAACAUCACUGCGAGUUGCAGCUUAGUUAUGGAAGACGAGAAUUUCCAAGAAAUUCUUCUUCAUCAUCAACCUUUGCUUGAGAAACUUAUCAUGGACUACACUGGAGUGUUGAAAGACAAAGAAGUGAUUGUUAAAUUCAAACAUCUCAAAUACUCAAGUUUUGAAGGCAGAAAGUUUGGGACAUGA